UUUUAACCUUAAAAAUUGAACGGUGUAUUAUACAAAAAUUACUUUGCAGACUUGCCGCUAUUACGUAUGAGUUACCAGAUUCCAUGGCACGGCGCCAUCAUAGUCUAUACUGGUUUUUAUAAGUCACCUUUUGGCAAUGCGUAGUACAUUGUUAUUACCGUUGGACGUAUUACACUUUUUAGCACGCAAAAUCAAUACUUUGAGCUGGAGAAAGAAGUUGAUGUUGGGCGCCUUAUGCGGCGCUGCUUAUUAUUCGGGAUCUCCAAAAGAUUAUGGCCACAAGGAUGCCACACCAACAGAAGAUGGAGUAAUCACUGACUAUGUAUACUUCGAUUUUGCUGCAGACCGUCGUUAUUUAGGUCGCGUUCUCGUAGGUCUAUAUGGUCGCCAUCAGCCUUUAACUUGUGAAAACAUUGUACAAUUAUGCAAAGGCUACCAGCUUGGUGAACAAACGAUUGGUUAUCGCAAUUCGAGAAUAAGCCAAAUCUACCCCGGUAAUGGCAUUGUACUUGGUGACUUGUUCCAUGGUGAUGAUCCUUUAAAAUCAUGUACUAUUUACGGUCGUACUAUGCCUGAAGAAUCGUUUGAAGCACCUUUUGUACAAGAAGGGGACAUUGCAAUGUUAACAUCUAGGGACCAAUCUGGGUUGACAUCUCGUUUUUUAAUAACGCUCACGGGAAAUCCGCUACUAGGUCGUCAUCCAGUAGUAGUGGGCACGGUUGUAAAAGGUAUGAAACUUAUUCGUUCUUUGGGUAAAGAGAUAAUAAAGGACGGCAAGCCCGUUCGCGACAUACGAAUCAUUAAUUGCGGUUUAUACAGUGGUCCUGAAGAUGGUCCCAAGAGUUAUUACGUUUUGGACACAUAGGAAUAGUCCAAU